CGCACUCCAGCCCCUGUGUGUAGUAACCCAGAGCAGUGAGCUCUCAUCUAGACAUGGCGGCGGAUCCGAAGCCGGACUGGCUCUCCUGCCUUCCCUCUUCUUGGAGUUAUGGGGUGACUCGGGAUGGACGCAUAUUCUUUAUCAACGAAGAAGCAAAGAGCACAACCUGGCUGCAUCCUGUUACUGGAGAGGCUGUAAUCACAGGGCAUAGGAAAACUCCAGAUUUACCAACAGGAUGGGAGGAAGGAUACACAUUCGAGGGAGCUCGCUGCUUCAUCAA